AUUACCUGUAGCAGGUGGCGGCACAAAAUGCGAGUGGACUUCCUGACUGUCCUGUUCCUUUGGUUUGCUGUUGGAGUGUCUCUUUCUUGCGAUCUUCUGUCGUUGCCGGCUCUAGAGAAAGCCACGUAUGCGCUGGCUCAUCAACGGGGCAUAAGCCCUGUUACUCUGAUUCUGAGGAUGUUGAGAAGAGCCAGGAGCAAACAGAAGAUGGAAAAGAUGAAAUUGAAAGAGAUUUUAGAAGAACUGGCUGUAGAAGAGCUAAUGCACAAAGUUAUAAAACCCGAAACUUCUAGUCAUGAAAUGGAAUUUUCGGUUCCUCGACCUGCUAAUAUUCCUGGUGUAAUACCACAUAUGGUACCAAGCAUGGGAUCGCACCAGAUGUUGAGACCAACAUCUCUAUUUUUUCCGCUGCAAAAUUUGCCUCCUCCGCCUGGUUUGACAGUGAGAGUGAGUGGUUUUCCCCAGGGUCCUCUUCCAGAAGUGUCUGUCACUCUGUCCCCACUCAUGACUCUCGUAGAGGCUCUGAGGCAAGCUGAAGAACAGUUUCGAUCCGCUCUCAGGACCACCUCCUCAGUCCCUGGCGAAGCAGACGAUAUUAUCCACUUUGGCCAUUCAGGAACACAGACGGAUUGCUACAUCAUCCAGAGCCUUGCUGGGCUGCGCUCCAACGCCAAAGGAUCCAAGUGGAAUAUAAUAGUCAGCGACAAACUUGGGGAAGUCAUCUACAACAGUCAUUGCCUUCCAAACCCGAGAGAUGUGAAAUUCAAACCAGGAAUGACAAUAACUCUUCUUUAUUCAUCAAUUUGAACAAAACAGAUCAAAUGAAUUUUCGUC